GAGAAACAGGUGUAUUACAGGUGAUGCAGUGCCCCACCCUUCAUUCCAAGCUCUUAUUCAGCAGUUAUAUUCCUUUCUCAUUUUCUAUUGUGAUACAUUCAUAUCUGACACAGCAGCUGGAACUACAUCAAGAUGUUGACAACCCUUGAAAACAUGCAGUACUAUCAAGAUCUAGGCCCCAGAGAGGCGUCUUCAGGGAAUGUUGAUCUUGAUGUGAUUGAGGAGUAUCUACAGGAGCAUUCAGUGGAGGUGAUGUCAGGAUCAUGUGUUCAGAGAACUGCAGACCAGCACAGAAUAGCAGAGAACAGCUGGUCCGGUUGUUACGCAUAUGAAUGGCAUUAUGGUGGAGGACCUGUGACAGAGAACACACAUGAACUUCAGUCUCAGCAGCAGCAGACGUGGCUCUGUCAGUCCAGUCUCUCUGAGUGGGGACACUGCCAGUAUGACAGAAACCAGUGCAGCGAUUCAGACUCUCUGUCCACCAGUUCUGGAUGCCAAGAAUUUCCUUCAUCUCCAUCCCGAGAUGGGAAGGGACAGACUGGGUGCAAUUCUUCUGCUCUGACGCCUCUCUCAGGUAAAAGGAAAGAACGGCUGUUUCAGUUCUUAUACGAGAUGCUACAGACACCAGAUAUGCGAAGCUGCAUUUGGUGGGUCCAGUCGAACAACGGAACGUUCCAGUUCUCCUCCCAGAACAAGGAAAAGCUGGCGGAGAUGUGGGGCAGACGCAAGGGCAACCGAAAGAUGAUGACAUACCAGAAAAUGGCGAGAGCCCUUCGAAACUACUCCAGAACAGGAGAGAUCUGCAAAGUCAAGCGUAAACUCACCUAUCAGUUCACUGAGAAAACACUGAGAGGCCUUCAGAACAACUCACAAAGGUUUAUGGGUAGUUAGUGUGGCAUCCAUCCGUUGAGUCCGUUUCCUCGAAGUGGGAAAAUAGAAGCAAAUACUGAGUAUUGUUCAUUAUGUAAUCUAUCUGGGCAUAUGAUCAUCCAAUAUUAUUUGGUAGUUGAGGCUUAAUUCAGACUCGACAAGGUUUGAUUGUGAAGGACAGGGAUUCAUGUUUAAAUGACAGGUGAAGGAAUUGAUCUUUGAAAUAUGUAAAUCUAAGGAUUGUUGAUCUUUACUACGUUAUAUGUAGUUAUGAAACCGUUUUUUGUUGAUGUUUGAUAUUUUUUCUGUUUAUCUU